CAAAACGUCAGUGCGCAGCGGGGAUUCGUCCUUGUUGUCGUGUCUGCUUCGCAACGAUUUUUGCAGAAGCGGAAGAGAGCACUCUGUUGCCCGAAUACCGAUGCAAAGCUGGCUCAUCGGCGUACGUGCUUUUCCUGUGAGGGCAUAGAGUCUGCUGGGAGUGAAUGCAAACGUGUUUACUGGGAGCCGGCAGCACCGUUUUCAUGAGUGUCUUGUAAACAUUUCUGUCUGGUUCGGUUUCCUGAGACAUGCACACCUCUCAGUCCCGAGCGUUGACGGUUUUCCUCUGUGGACGGUGCCGCUCCGACGUGCAUGCGUUCAUGUGCCUGUGAGUCGGGUGUACACACACCAGUCGAUUUGGUCAAUCGCCACCCAGGCGACACACCAUUUCUUUUUUCCUUCGCUGAGACAUCAUGACCUCGUCUUCGAGUAACGGCAUUCCUUCUUUUCGAGCCACUAGCUGGCAUCAUCCUGCGUCACUUUCGGGUGUGCGCUCGCCAGCAACGAGCGGCUCCGUGUCUCGUCCUGCGGUCGGCGCUUCGUUUGUCCCAGGACCGCCGCUGGUGCCCGGCCAUUCCUGUUCUUUGUUCACCUACGGGUCACAGACGUCAGUUUCACGGUUCCAGCCCGUGUUCCACCAAGAUGGAGUGACUGAGUCAUCCGCCGACCACUGUUCCUCCACUCUGUCCCCGGCGGGUGCCGCCACUAUAGCUGUGGCACAGAGCGCGGGUUCCCCAGUUGUCGCUGUUGCUCCUGUCCAUCCGUAUCUCUACGGAAAUGUGUCGGCAGAGGCUGGAACGCCUGCUGACGGCGGGCAGGGACAGGGACAAUCACCCUCCGUCUUCCCGGUCGUUAUCGGCCUAGAAAACGGACAGGUCUGGCUUUAUGAGUGGCAACAGGCUGCGCAGGAGCCGUCCAACCAGGGACCCUUCGAAGGGUUCUCGCACGCGGCUCCAAAGUGUGUGGCUCAACAUCUGCUGUGUCGCCAAAUGGCGCGCCCGUUAACCAUAAGUGUCGCGAGGUUUCGGCAGGCCACCGCCGACCAAGAUUCCAUCGACGAGGAAGCAAAACAGGACAACUUCGAAGUGUAUGUCCUGUACAGCAACGGGAUGGUUGUCGUUUGGAAGAAAGGCCGCCGGAACCGGAUUGAACUGGGACCGGUGGAAGGGGGCAUUCACAUGAGCGUCGACUCGGAGGGUCGAUAUGUCGCGGUGUCGUCGAGCACCAGGAAGCUUGUAGUUUUCCAGCGCAAGGAAUCUGAGUUUGGCGACGACACCAUGACUUUCACCAAGUGCUUUGACGAAGAAGUUUUCCGCAAACAGCUCAACUCUGCAUGCGCGACAGGAGUCCCGCUUCAGACAGCCUGGCAUCCCGAUGGCACCUGUCUGUUUCUGCCCGGAGCAUCUUCGGUGCGUGUGUUGAAAACUGCGACUAUGACUCUUGAGCAUCUCGAGUUCGCGUCUGCUGGCUUCGACCCGUUGAUUGUUUUUGACAAAGUUGCGGUUGUCGGCCUCAACUUCCCCAGCCCUGCAAGUUCGCAAGGAGAGCGAUGCUCUGUAGUUCUUCUUGCGUCUGUGAAAACCUCGCUCCGCGCGUGGCUCCUUGAGGACAAGCAGCUCCUCUUCUGCGUCGAAGCAGACAAGGCUUCUGCUUCGAGUGCAGACAGACUCUUGCAGCUCGCCGCGUGGCCUUCGUGGCACUUCCAGAAAAAAGACGAGGGCCAGAAAGCGUUCUCGCCAUUCAUCGAGGUCGGCCUCGCUCGAGAUGACGGAGCUGUAAGCAUCGUCGGAAUCCGAUCCGAGACACUUGCGAAGCUAAGCGAGAAGCGCGGGAGAAACGCGUUCGAUGGAGACUCCGGGCUUGAGCAGAUGGAACUACAGCAGGAACACAGGGACAAGCAAGACGAUGGCGACGUUGUCAUGGCUGACGCGGAGGGUCAACAAGAAGAGCAACUCGAAGGUAUGUCCUCCCCAGAGAUGAAAGAGCGCUGUUCGACUUAUCUCUCGCCUUCCCAGGAUGAUCGCGUGCAUUCGCAAGUGGAGGAGAACUGCACCAGCUCUCACCUGAAGGCAAAAGAGCUGCCUGCGUCUUCAAGAGACAGAAAGGCCCAGAAGGGCGAAAGAUUGGAGACUGAAGAGAAGAGGACUCCUCAGGGCAACGAAGAGAAGACCAGAGCUGAGUUUUUCGGAGACAGAGGCGUGACUCCCGGCACGCCCGAGAAAAGGCGCCACAGCGUCGAUGGAGAGACCGAGGCAAGCAGCCAAAGUGCGAGAGCGGGGUCUUCUCUCAGGCGCCACGAAGGGGAGAAGAAGAAAGAGAAGAGACGAAAAGAGAGGAAGAACGCGGCCGUCUCAACUCCGGUUCGACGUUUUAUCGAGAUGCAGGCGGAAGAAGGGUCUGAGGAAGGCAGCGACCAGGACGGAGAACUGUUCGGCGACGGACCAGGAAGCGGCUUGGAGGACGAAGCGGGGUCAGAUCACAGGGGAGAGAGAGAGCGAGGAAAACGGAAGAGAGAGGGAUCUUCGCGACGUCGAGACGAGAAGAAGAAACGACAGCGACCAGCAGCAGACUCGCAGGAGGAGGGAGGAGACGACGGGUACGCGUCUUCUGGGUCUCAGACUGACUACGCCUUGUCUGGGUCUUCGGGCGCAGAAGACGUUUCUUCUGACGAGGGGGAAGACAACACCUCGGAGGAGGAAAGCGAGAACCUUCUCGAAGACGAAGAAGAAACAAGCACCCACGCGUUUGUCUCAGGCGUCUCGUUCCUCUCGAGGGACACAGACGGCGGCGCUGCUGAGGGCGACGACAAGGAGGCUCUCCUGGAGAACAUGAGGAAGCUGAUUCUGCAGAUGCAUGCAAAACAGAAAGCGAGUCGCCAAGAGCAACAGGAGACGAAGCGCCGCGCACAGCGCCUGCGAACAGAGAACGCGAAGCUUCAGAGAGAGCUUCGUCGACUCCGAAAAGCCCACCAAGCGAUGCUCACGAGAGACGCCUGGACUUCUGGCGCAGACGCGAUAUGGACUGUCGAACGAGCUGUGUCUCCUGGCGCUUGCAGACAACCCGGCGAUGCUGCCACCCCGUGGUGCCUCUUCUGGAACCAACACGGCCACGUGACGAAGGUGACCAGCGGCGACAAGACGACUCUCGAGAUUUUCAACUUCUCUCCGGUUGCCGCGAUCUCCGGAACAAGCAGAAAGCGAAUAACAGACUACACGAACGCGAGCAUGGCCGCUCUGAGCAAAGUCGGCGUCGCCCUCGCUUCUGUGGGCUCUAGGAGGCCCCUGUUGCCAAGCAGAGUGGAAUUCAGAUCUCUUCAGGAUUCUUCUCAGUGGACCAAAACGUUGCCGGUGCCUGAGCGGCCUCUGGGCGUGGCGAUCGGCGACUCCUUCGUGGCUGUCGUGACAUCUGGCGAUCUCCUCCGCAUUUUCGCAACGAGCGGCAUUGCCCUCUCUCUCUCUCGCCUUCCCGGUGUGCCCGUGGGGAUCUGCGCCAGCCACCAGCUGCUCUUCGUCGUUUGUGCGACGACGGCGGCAGCUCUCGGGCGCACCUCCGAGCACCGAUCUCGCCAGCAGGACCGUUUUUCUUCGGGACAGGAUGGCUGCAAACGCUUCUUCUUCCACUGCCUGUUGCUGCACAUCCACCCGGCACCAGCGUCCCCCAGUUCGCCCUAUCUGCUACCUUUUGGCUGUCGAGACAGAGUUGCGCAACUCCCGGGACUGAUGGCGAAGGCCUUUCCUCCGAUCGACGUUAUUCACGAGGGCCCUCUCGUUCUGGACCAACCUCUGGACUGGGUGAAUAUCUCCACUGGAGGAAUGCCGUCCGUCAAAGACACUUCAGGCCGCGUGUGGGGUCUGCUUCCGGCGUGGGGCAGAGCGGUUGAGGGCCCCGUCCCCUACAGUCUCUCUUGGCUGCCUCUGGUGAACCUCUACGAAGCAGCAGGAGGUUCUCUCCAAGACGAUUCUCCGCCUCCCGCUGUCAAGUUCUGGCCUCUGUAUGUUGACGAAAGCAAGGGCGAGAUCAUGGUGAUUCGUCUGAAGACGUCGAAAGAGAGCGGGAGCCCGUCACGCGACCCAGAUGGACAAGAGAGCCUCUCGCGAGAAACGUCAGAGCCUUCGUCGCGCUCUUCGUGGCGUUCCGGCCCUCCAGAGGAGCCUUCGUGCUCUCAGGUAUCGCCUUUGUUCGGGUACACGCUCGAACAACUGCCACUCCGCCUUCCCUUCACAGACGUCUGGCCCUACAUGCGCUGGCGGCAGCUGCUGUUGAAAGACAAGAACUUGAAGGGGAUCGUGACCCAACCUGCGGGGAAGAAUGGCGACUCGGCCGCACUCACCAUGGGAGAGGCUGCGCUCGUACCCUGGCACCAGUUCGACGAAAUGCGGUGGAGAAACGAAGUCGUCAUGCGCCUCAUGUGCAUCGCACUGAAGAACUGGGAAGGCGGCGGCGCCGGGGGCGGCGCGGGCGGCCCGGAAAACCAGCAGGAUGUCUUGAAAAUGGAACAAAGUCGAGAAGGCGCCGAGGCCGAAAAACGCUUCACGACCCUCAUGAAAAACCACGACAAAUUCGCAAUGCGAGAGUUCCUCGUCUGCAGAGAAGAUCGCCGCCUUCACCCUGCGGCCCUCGACGUAGCCCUUCGCUUCAAAAUGCCGACGGUCGCGGCGCAUGCGCGCAACUCGCUCGAUGGCGACACUCGCAUGCAGUCCGAGAAACUCCGGGAGGCUCUGGAGUGGCAGGAGACAGAGGGGCGUCUCGACGGCGCCUCUGGCCUCUUUUCUGCGUCGCAGCUGCCUCCUGUCGAUUCAGAGAAUUCUCUGUCUUCUCGUCGGAUGCGAGCUGAGAUGGAAAACCGGCAACCCGGAGUGUUUUAUGGAGUCGGCAGCAAAUGCCCAGCAGGCGAAGGCAGUGAAGACCCCACGGAAACUCCCGAGGGACGCAGGAUCGAGGCAGGGCACCAAAGCAUUAGUAGCAAGGCCUCAAGCAGCAAGCUGCAUGGCGUCAUGGAGGCGCCGGCUGCGAAACCCUGGAUGCGGGGAGGCAAUCGAGGCCCCGGACACCAAAAGUUCUCCGCUUUUCGCCAGGCUGCAGACUGAAACUUUGUUUAGUGGUUUGACAGAAGGAACAUGAGAGUCGCUCCCAGAGCUGCACACUCUUUUCUGGGCACUCGGGGCGGCACUCCUGACAGGUGUUGGUAAUAUAUUCAUGGCAUUGUACGCUGGAUCGUCUUUCCCCCGUGACGAAAAUGCAGAAAUUGGCCGUCGAGGACCCGUCGCCCUCUGUCCCUCUUAGACGCAAUGCAUUCUUGUUUACUGUUCGUGUGGCUGCCACUCGGCGUGAAGCCCCGUGGUGUCUACACAGCUCGGUGUCGAGGUUGUGUGGCGAAGCUGCCAACCUUCCCAGGUGUUUCCUUUCGCUUUUUCCGACAAGCCACGACGGCUGUGUCGCAUGUCGGACUUCCCAGGUUUGGUCAGUUCAUCAUUUGGAAGUCUCGCGACCUUCCAGACAGACUCAG